AUGCAGUGGGAACAGUGCAAGGGAAACAAAGACAGGAGGCAGGAAUGUGCAGCGUGUGAGGACAGAACAGACGGUAAUGUAGUUCAGAACCUCAGCAGAUGCAGGACAAAAUCUUUCUGCUGGUUUCUCAGCUGCCUGCGGACUCUCAGGAUCCAUUUAAAAAGGCCAGUUACCAUCAGCAAAUCUUCAUGGCUGUCUUCCUUUUCUCUGCAUACAGGCCUGCUGGAGGGUCUGUGCCUCAUCUCUCCAAGGAGGGGGACCUUCUGCUUCCCCCUGGGGCUCCUGUUCGGCUCUGUGCUGCUGGCGACCUCGGCCCCGGCCCCUCUCGAGCCUCAUAGCUGCAGUGACAAGGAGCAACAGCUGACCGUCAGCCACACCUACAAGAUUGAUGUGCCCAAGUCUGCCCUGGUCCAGGUGGAGGCUGACCCUCAGCCCCUCAGCGAUGAAGGGGCCUCGCUCCUGGCCCAGGGAGAGGCCGAGGAACAGAAUAUCAUCUUCAGACACAACAUCCGCCUGCAGACACCACAGAAGGACUGCGAGCUGGCAGGCCUUGUCCAGGACCUCCUGGCCCGGGUGCAGAAGCUGGAGGGCGAGAUGGCGGAGGUGAAGGAGCGGUGUGACGUCCAGCGUUGCUGCCAGGGAGCUGCCGGUCAGGGCGGCCAGUGCAGCGGCCACGGGACCUUCUCCCAGGAGACGUGCGGCUGCCGCUGCCAGCCGGGCUGGGAGGGUGCCCCCUUGGUCGCCCCCCAGGGCCUGCAGCUGCUCAAGAGCACGGAGGAGUCCCUGCUGGUGAGCUGGGAGCCCUCCAGCGAGGUGGACCACUACCUCCUCAGCUACCACCCCCUGGGCAGGGAGCCCUCCCGGAAACAGAUACAGGUGCCCAAGGAGCAAAACAGCUACGACAUCCUUGGUUUGCUGCCUGGGACCAAGUACAUCGUCACCCUGCACAACGUGAAGAAAGGGGUCCCCAGCAGCCCCCAGCACCUGCUGGCCACCACAGAUCUUGCUGUGCUUGGCACCGCGUGGGUGACAGACGAGACGGAGAACUCCCUGGACGUGGAGUGGGAGAACCCCCCGACCGAGGUGGAUUAUUACAAGCUGCUGUACAGCCCCCUGACGGGGCAGGAGGUGGCCGAAGUCACGGUGCCCAAGAGCAACCACCCCAAGAGCCGAUAUGACAUCACGGGUUUGCAGCCCGGGGUGGACUAUAAGAUCACAAUUGUCCCCAUGCGAGGAGACCUGGAGGGCAGGCCGAUCUUCCUGAACGGCAGGACAGAAAUUGAUGGCCCAACCAAUGUGGUCACUGAUCGAGUGACUGAAGACAUGGCGGUGGUGUCCUGGGAACCCGUCCAGGCUGUCAUCGACAAGUACAUGGUGCGCUACACCUCCGCCGACGGGCAGUCCUGGGACACAGCGGUGCCCAGGGAGCAGAGCAGCACAGUCCUCACAGGCCUGACACCGGGGGAGGCAUACAGAGUCCACGUGUGGGCCGAGCGGGGCAGCCAGGAGAGCAAAAAGGCCAACACUACAGCCCUGACAGAAAUAGACAGCCCCCAAAACCUGGUGACCGACCGGGUGACGGAGACCACGGCCACCAUCUCCUGGGAGCCAGUGCAGGCCGUCAUUGACAGGUACAUGGUGCGCUACACCUCUGCCGAUGGAGACACCAGGGAGGUCCCGGUGGGGAAGGAGCAGAGCAGCACCGUCCUGACGGGCCUGAGGCCGGGCGUGGAGUACACUGUCCAUGUGUGGGCCCAGAAGGGGGACCGGGAGAGCCAGAAGGUCGACACCAAGGCCCCGACAGAAAUUGACAGCCCAACAAACCUGGUGACCGACCGGGUGACGGAGACCACGGCCACCAUCUCCUGGGAGCCGGUGCAGGCCGUCAUCGACAGGUACAUGGUGCGCUACACCUCUGACGAUGGAGACACCAGGGAGGUUCCAGUGGGGAAGGAGCAGAGCAGCACCGUCCUGACGGGCCUGAGGCCAGGCAUGGAGUACACGGUCCAUGUGUGGGCCCAGAAGGGGGACCGGGAAAGCAGGAAGGCCGACACCAAGGCCCCGACAGACAUUGACAGCCCCCAAAACCUGGUGACCGACCAGGUGACGGAGACCACGGCCACCAUCUCCUGGGAGCCAGUGCAGGCCGUCAUUGAUAGGUACAUGGUGCGCUACACCUCCGCCGAUGGAGACACCAGGGACAUUCCAGUGGGGAAGGAGCAGAGCAGCACCGUCCUGACAGGCCUGAGGCCAGGUGUGGAGUACACGGUCCACGUGUGGGCCCAGAAGGGGAACCGGGAGAGCCAGAAGGCUGACACCAGGGCCCCGACAGACAUUGACAGCCCUCAAAACCUGGUGACCGACCGGGUGACGGAGACCACAGCCACCAUCUCCUGGGAGCCGGUGCAGGCCGUCAUUGACAGGUACAUGGUGCGCUACACCUCCGCCGAUGGAGACACCAGGGACGUUCCAGUGGGGAAGGAGCAGAGCAGCACCGUCCUGACAGGCCUGAGGCCAGGCAUGGAGUACACGGUCCACGUGUGGGCCCAGAAGGGGGACCGGGAGAGCAAGAAGGCCGACACCAAGGCCUCAACAGAAAUUGACAGUCCCCAAAACCUGGUGACCGACCGGGUGACAGAGACCACGGCCACCAUCUCCUGGGAGCCAGUGCAGGCCGUCAUCGACAGGUACACGGUGCGCUACACCUCCGCCGAUGGAGACACCAGGGAGAUCCCGGUGGGGAAGGAGCAGAGCAGCACCAUCCUGACGGGCCUGAGGCCGGGCGUGGAGUACACGGUCCACGUGUGGGCCCAGAAGGGGGACCGGGAGAGCCAGAAGGCCGACACCAAGGCCCUGACAGACAUCGACCCUCCCAGAAACUUUCGUCCGUCUGCUGUUACCCAGUCUGGGGGGGUACUGACCUGGACACGCCCCUCGGCUCAGAUCAAUGGCUACAUUCUGACCUACCAGUUCCCAGAUGGCACCACUAAGGAGGUGCAGCUCGGACGCGGGGACCAGAGGUUUGAGCUGCAAGGCCUUGAGCAGGGCGUCACCUACCCUGUCUCCUUGGUGGCAUACAAGGGUGAUCGCCGCAGCAGGAGUGUGUCCAUCGCCCUUUCCACAGUUGGUGCCCGUUUCCCACACCCUUCGGACUGCAGUCAAGUCCAGCAGAACAGCAACGUCGCCAGCGGCCUGUACACCAUCUACCUGCACGGGGACGCCAGCCGGCCCCUGCAGGUGUACUGCGACAUGGACACGGACGGAGGCGGCUGGAUCGUCUUCCAGCGGCGGAACACCGGGCAGCUGGACUUCUUCAAGCGCUGGCGGACCUAUGUGGAGGGCUUCGGGGACCCCACCAAGGAGUUCUGGUUCGGACUCGACAAGCUGCACAACCUCACCACUGGGACCCCCACCCGGUACGAGGUGAGAGUGGACUUGCAGACCGCCAACGAGUCCGCCUAUGCCGUGUACGACUUCUUCCAGGUGGCCUCCAGCAAGGAGCGGUACAGGCUCACGGUGGGGAAGUACAGAGGCACAGCAGGGGAUGCUCUUACUUACCACAACGGGUGGAAGUUUACAACUUUUGACAGAGACAACGACAUCGCCCUCAGCAACUGUGCCCUGACGCACCAUGGCGGCUGGUGGUACAAGAACUGCCACCUGGCCAACCCCAAUGGCAGAUACGGGGAGACCAAGCACAGUGAGGGGGUGAACUGGGAGCCGUGGAAAGGACAUGAAUUCUCCAUUCCUUAUGUGGAGCUGAAGAUCCGCCCUCAGGGCUACAGCGGGGAGCUCGUCCUGGGCAGGAAGAAGAGGACACUAGGAGAAAAUUCUAGAACGUUCUGAUGACCCAUCUGAGCAAUCAUCGCAUGAGGCAAGGCCAGCCGGGGUUGGGGCUGUGUAAGCUUGGGGUCGGGUGGGUCCUGGUGACUGGUUAGUGGAAGCUGGAGGGAAGUCAGCCCCCGGUUCCUGAGAUGGCUGGUCACCAGCAGACACAGCCUGUCACCAAACCCCAGGCCACCUGCAUUCUCGUCCAUCCACACUGGGGCCUGAAGGCCAGCUCAGUCGUGGUUGCCCAGUGCAUAUGGGAGAGAACGACAAGGUCUUCCUUUCAGUCUUUGUUCAGUAACAAAUACAUAGGAUUAGGGCAGAAAAAAACAGAAUCCAGAGCUUUACCGACUGGAAAAGUCUGGAAGUCGGUGUGUGAAUAUGAAGCUCCGCUAAUACAGAUCUUCUCUCUAGAAAGAAGCACCCAGGAGGUGUCCCUGACCAGGGCCGAGCUCGCCUCCUGCGACACUGGGUUUUGAGGAAAAGGGUGUACACCCUCCCCUUUCCAAGGCUUGCUGGUGUGGUGAGGAGGAAUGACGGGAG